AUGAGUCCAGACCUCUCGGCCAGCAGGGUGCACAACAGAGGAGUCCAGACCCCUCGGCCAGCAGGGUUCGGGACAGAGGAGUCCAGACCCCUCGGCCAGCAGGGUUCGGGACAGAGGAGUCCAGACCCCUCGGCCAGCAGGGUUCGCGACAGAGGAGUCCAGACCCCUCGGCCAGCAGGGUUCGCGACAGAGGAGUCCAGACCCCUCGGCCAGCAGGGUUCGGGACAGAGGAGUCCAGACCCCUCGGCCAGCAGGGUUCGGGACAGAGGAGUCCAGACCCCUCGGCCAGCAGGGUUCGGGACAGAGGAGUCCAGACCCCUCGGCCAGCAGGGUUCGGGACAGAGGAGUCCAGACCCCUCGGCCAGCAGGGUUCGGGACAGAGGAGUCCAGACCCCUCGGCCAGCAGGGUUCGGGACAGAGGAGUCCAGACCCCUCGGCCAGCAGGGUUCGGGACAGAGGAGUCCAGACCCCUCGGCCAGCAGGGUUCGGGACAGAGGAGUCCAGACCCCUCGGCCAGCAGGGUUCGGGACAGAGGAGUCCAGACCCCUCGGCCAGCAGGGUUCGGGACAGAGGAGUCCAGACCCCUCGGCCAGCAGGGUUCGGGACAGAGGAGUCCAGACCCCUCGGCCAGCAGGGUUCGGGACAGAGGAGUCCAGACCCCUCGGCCAGCAGGGUUCGGGACAGAGGAGUCCAGACCCCUCGGCCAGCAGGGUUCGGGACAGAGGAGUCCAGACCCCUCGGCCAGCAGGGUUCGGGACAGAGGAGUCCAGACCCCUCGGCCAGCAGGGUUCGGGACAGAGGAGUCCAGACCCCUCGGCCAGCAGGGUUCGGGACAGAGGAGUCCAGACCCCUCGGCCAGCAGGGUUCGGGACAGAGGAGUCCAGACCCCUCGGCCAGCAGGGUUCGGGACAGAGGAGUCCAGACCCCUCGGCCAGCAGGGUUCGGGACAGAGGAGUCCAGACCCCUCGGCCAGCAGGGUUCGGGACAGAGGAGUCCAGACCCCUCGGCCAGCAGGGUUCGGGACAGAGGAGUCCAGACCCCUCGGCCAGCAGGGUUCGGGACAGAGGAGUCCAGACCCCUCGGCCAGCAGGGUUCGGGACAGAGGAGUCCAGACCCCUCGGCCAGCAGGGUUCGGGACAGAGGAGUCCAGACCCCUCGGCCAGCAGGGUUCGGGACAGAGGAGUCCAGACCCCUCGGCCAGCAGGGUUCAGGGACAGAGGAGUCCAGACCCCUCGGCCAGCAGGGUUCGGGAUAGAGGAGUCCAGACCCCUCGGCCAGCAGGGUUCGGGGUUCGGGUUAGAGGAGUCCAGACCCCUCGGCCAGCAGGGUUCGGGUACAGAGGAGUCCAGACCCCUCGGCCAGCAGGGUUCGGGACAGAGGAGUCCAGACCCCUCGGCCAGCAGGGUUCGGGACAGAGGAGUCCAGACCCCUCGGCCAGCAGGGUUCGGGACAGAGGAGUCCAGACCCCUCGGCCAGCAGGGUUCGGGACAGAGGAGUCCAGACCCCUCGGCCAGCAGGGUUCGGGACAGAGGAGUCCAGACCCCUCGGCCAGCAGGGUUCGGGACAGAGGAGUCCAGACCCCUCGGCCAGCAGGGUUCGGGACAGAGGAGUCCAGACCCCUCGGCCAGCAGGGUUCGGGACAGAGGAGUCCAGACCCCUCGGCCAGCAGGGUUCGGGACAGAGGAGUCCAGACCCCUCGGCCAGCAGGGUUCGGGACAGAGGAGUCCAGACCCCUCGGCCAGCAGGGUUCGGGACAGAGGAGUCCAGACCCCUCGGCCAGCAGGGUUCGGGACAGAGGAGUCCAGACCCCUCGGCCAGCAGGGUUCGGGACAGAGGAGUCCAGACCCCUCGGCCAGCAGGGUUCGGGACAGAGGAGUCCAGACCCCUCGGCCAGCAGGGUUCGGGACAGAGGAGUCCAGACCCCUCGGCCAGCAGGGUUCGGGACAGAGGAGUCCAGACCCCUCGGCCAGCAGGGUUCGGGACAGAGGAGUCCAGACCCCUCGGCCAGCAGGGUUCGGGACAGAGGAGUCCAGACCCCUCGGCCAGCAGGGUUCGGGACAGAGGAGUCCAGACCCCUCGGCCAGCAGGGUUCGGGACAGAGGAGUCCAGACCCCUCGGCCAGCAGGGUUCGGGACAGAGGAGUCCAGACCCCUCGGCCAGCAGGGUUCGGGACAGAGGAGUCCAGACCCCUCGGCCAGCAGGGUUCGGGACAGAGGAGUCCAGACCCCUCGGCCAGCAGGGUUCGGGUUAGAGGAGUCCAGACCCCUCGGCCAGCAGGGUUCGGGACAGAGGAGUCCAGACCCCUCGGCCAGCAGGGUUCGGGACAGAGGAGUCCAGACCCCUCGGCCAGCAGGGUUCGGGACAGAGGAGUCCAGACCCCUCGGCCAGCAGGGUUCGGGACAGAGGAGUCCAGACCCUAUAGGAAACGGUAAUGGAGAACAAUAUCUAGUGCUCAAGAAUUCCCAUUGGCUGCUACUUUUUACCAGAAGAAAAUUGCCCGUCCUGACAGUCUCAAUCAAAAAAAUAUUACAUGAGGAUGACAAAGUGACAUAUUGGAAACUCAAGGCUUUCAGUAACCCUGAUGGUGAGGAUAAAAGGUUUCAUCGACCUGAGGAUGGGGAUGAAGAGUUUCAGUGA